AUGCAACCAUUUACACCCUAUUUUGCUGGCUAUGAAAACCAGCAACAACCUCAAACAAGUCAACCUCAGCAACAACCACAAACAAAUCAACCUCAAGAUCAUCAGCAACCUCAACAGCCUCAACCUCCUCAACCCUUGAGUAUGAAUGGUCCUAAUCUUGCUAUUUAUAGCCCUGCUGCAAUGCAGCCUUUAUCUGUCUUGACAGCUCCUCAAACUAAACCUGAUCAAUCACAACCUCCUAUGGGUACCCCUCCUGUUGACCUUGGUGCUCAUGGUAAACCAAAAAGAAAGCAAGUAAAGAAUGCCUGUGUCAACUGUCAAAAAGCUUGUAAGAAAUGUGAUGAAGGUAGACCUUGUCAAAGAUGUAUUAAAUAUGGGAUUACGGAUACUUGUGUUAAUUCUGUUCGUAAAGAACGUAAGAAGGGUAUUAAACGUGGUCCUUAUAAGAAGAGAAAUAAGAAUGGUGUUGAUAGCGCAACUUCAUCUGGUACCUCUACACCUAAUAUGGCUUCUCCUAUGACAAGUGCAAAUAUUUAUGCUCCAAAUAAUAGUAUGCGUGCUCCUAAUACAAUGCCAAUUCAUUAUCAGCCAUUUACUCAACCAGCUUAUGAUCCUUAUGGUUAUGCUAAUAAUGGUCAAAUGAUGCCUCAAGCAUAUAUGGUUCCAGCUGCCACUAUUCAGCAAAUGUAUCCAACAAAUCCACCUGUUUUGUCUUAUCAAGCUGCUAUGAACAUUAUUUCUCCACAGCAACAGCAGCAACAGCAUCAUCAACAACAGCAACAACAACAACAAGCACCUUCUCUUAUCAGUGGCAAUUAUAGACCUCAAGAACAACAACCACAACCACCACAACAACAGCAACAGCCUUCUACUGAUCCAUCUGUUAAUGCAGCUAACACGAGUGCCACUGGUACACCUACUAAUUCGACACCCGCUCAUGGUGGUGAUAACUUAAAUGGAAUCAAAGCUGAAGAUGAUGACGAUGAAGGUUCCAAAUUAACUAUCUUAUCUCAACUGUGUAGUGCUGUUUUAGAUCGUAAUGAUGCACCUAAACAGGACACAAUGACACUUCCUACUACUACUACCACAGAAGAGAUUAAACAAGAAGAGGCGCAUCAAAACACACCUCCUCCAAGUCGCCCUCAUUCUCGUGAAACUUCCCAUGACAAUAACACGAAUAAUGUAACAAUGCCUACCACAAGUGGACCUAAUUUCGGAGCUGAUUCUCCUCAUACCUAUGUUAAUGGUCAUUUAGCUCAUCGUGGCCCCACUACUGCUGCUGGUAACAGUCCUGUUGGUACACCUCAUGUUGCUUAUGGAACUCCUGGUUCUUCUCCUUCUGAGUCACCUGUGGGUUCACUUCAUUUCAAUCAUGUUCCUAAGCCUCAACCUUGGAUGCAACAAGCAACCGCAAAUAUCACUUCCACUACUACACCUGAUCCAUCUCAACAACAACAACAACAACAACCUCAAUAA